AUAAUCCAUGCUUUCAUCUCAAUUUGAAAUCAUCUUCUACAAAACUUAUCUAAGUGGGUGCUUUCGUUUUCAACCCAAAAAAUCACGCAAAAAUGACUUGGAUUUCAAUAUUCACGGGAAAAUCUGGAUUUGCUGCUUCUUCUACAGCUGAAGAUGUUACAAAAGGAGUCGAUGGAACUGGCCUCACCGCUAUUGUUACUGGAGCUACAAGUGGCAUCGGAUUAGAAACGGCACGUGUGCUUGCCUUACGUGGGGUGCAUGUGGUUAUGCCAGUCAGAAACCUGGAAUCUGGUAAAAAAGUGAAAGAAAGCAUCGUCGAGAAAAUCCCCAACGCAAAAAUUGAUGUCAUGGAGUUAGAUAUCAGCUCACAGGAAUCCGUCCGACAAUUUGCAUCACAAUAUUGUUCAAAGGGGUAUCCAUUGAACAUCUUGAUUCUGAAUGCAGGGAUCAUGAGUCCUCCCUUCUCUCUUAGCAAAGACAACAUUGAAUUGCAAUUUGCGACCAACCAUGUUGGUAACUUCCUUUUGACAAACUUGUUGUUGGAUACCAUGAAAAAGACUGUGAAAGAAAGUGGGAAAGAAGGAAGAAUCGUUAUUCUUUCAUCAGAGAUCCAUAGGAUGACAUACAAAGAAGGAAUUAGGUUCGAUAAAAUCAAUGAUGAGAAGAGCUAUAGCGCGUUCUCAGCUUAUGGGCAAUCAAAACUUGCAAAUGCAUUGCAUGCGAAAGAGCUGACAAGGAGGUUUCAGGAAGAAGGUGUGAAAAUUACUGCAAAUGCUGUGCACCCUGGAGUUAUUGCCACCAACCUUGCACGCAAUGGUGGUUUCAAUGCUUUUUUCUAUGGUGUAUUCAACCGCAUCUUGAAGAACAUCCCACAGGGAACUGCAACUACAUGCUAUGUCGCCUUGAAUCCACAAGUUGAGGGGGUUAGUGGUGAGUAUUUUGCAGACAGCAACUUGGGUAAAGCAAGCAAACAUGCUCAAGAUGCAGAGCUCGCCAAGAAACUCUGGGAUUUCAGUUUGAAUCUCACCAAAUCUAACUAAUCUAUCUAUAUAUAGAUAUCUGCUGGUGAACUCCUUGUAUGUUUCAUGUAGAAUAUAGAUAAUCUACACAUUACAUUCAAUGUAACCAUAUCUGUUGUCACAAGAGUUGAGAAAUUUUUAUGUAACCUCGUUUACUUCUUUAUUUAUGAUGAAUGAAACUCAGUUUUUGUCAACGUUACUAGACUUAUCUUU